UGUGUUUAACAGAGACUGAAGCACACGGAGAAACAGUGUGUUUAACAGAGACUGAAGCACACGGAGAAACGGUGUGUUUAACAGGAAGUGGUGAUUUAGUAAACAUGAGUGUUGUGCUGCUCUCGUUGGUGAAGCAGCGACUCACUGCGGCUGCUGAAGACAUCUUUGUUCUGUUUGAAAGAACGAUAGCAGAGUACGAGGAUGAACUGUCUCGUUCAAAACAGGAGAACGAGAGACACCGGAAACUACUGGACGCUGUUUUACAGCCUCAGCUUCAGAUCCACAGAGCAGACGUCCAGCAGCUGGUGGUGGUUAAAGAAGAGGUUCCCCCUGAGCAGCAGAAGUGGAGCUCCAGUCUGGACCAGGAGGACCCAGAGCCCCCCCCACACAUUAAAGAGGAACAGGAGGAACUCUGGAGCAGUCAGGAGGGAGAGCAGCUUCAAGGGCUGGAGGAGGCUGAUAUCACCAAGUCCACAUUCACUCCUGUCCCUGUGAAGAGUGAAGAUGAUGAAGAGAAACCUCAGUCCUCUCAGCUUCAUCAAAGACAAACUGAACACCUGGAAACAGAAGCUGAUGGAGAGGACUGUGGAGGACCAGAACCAGCCAGGAACUCAGAUCCAGAGAGACAUUUACAACCAGAGACUGAGGACUACCCUGGAGACUCUUCUGAACCUGACACUGAAGACAGUGGAGAUUGGAAGGAGACCAGAGAACCAGGUUCAAACUCUCAGAAAAAUAAACAAGACCCUGUCAGUGAUUCAAGACGUAGUGCAGGAGAGAAACCAUUCAGCUGCUCAGUCUGUAAGAAAGCUUUUACACAGAGAGGACGUUUAAAUGACCACAUGAGAAUCCAUACAGGAGAGAAACCAUUCAGCUGCUCAGUCUGUAAUCAGUGUUUUACACGAAGAGGAAGUUUAAAGGACCACAUGAGAAUCCAUACUGGAGAGAAAGCAUUCAGCUGCUCAGUCUGUGAGAAAUAUUUUUCAGGGAGAGGAAAUUUAAAUCGGCACAUGGCAAUACACACAGGAGAGAAACCAUUCAGCUGCUCAGUCUGUGAGAAAACAUUUGCACGGAAAGGAUCUUUACAUCGACACAUGAGAAACCACAAAGGAGAUAAACCAUUCAGCUGCUCAGUCUGUGAGGAGUCUUUUACACAACGUGGAAGUUUAAAGGGCCACAUGAGAAUACACACAGGAAAGAAACCAUUCAGCUGCUCAGUCUGUGAGAAAUCUUUUAAACAAAUAGGACAAUUAAAGGAGCACACGAAAAUCCAUACAGGAGACAAACCAUUCCGCUGCUCAGUCUGUGAGAUCUUUUUUGCACGGAGAGGACAUUUAAAUCGGCACAUGGCAAUACACACAGGAGAGAAACCAUUCAGCUGCUCAGUCUGUGAGAAAACAUUUGCACGGAAAGGAUCUUUACAACUACACAUGAGAAACCACACAGGAGAGAAACCAUUCGGCUGCUCAGUCUGUGAGAAAUCGUUUACAUAUAGUGGAAGUUUAAAGUGCCACAUGAGAAUACACACAGGAGAGAAACCAUUCAGCUGCUCAGUCUGUAAGAAAUCUUUCACACAUAGGGGAAGUUUAAAGUACCACAUGAGAAACCACACAGGAGAGAAACCAUUCAGCUGCUCAGUCUGUGAGAAAUAUUUUACACAUAGGGGAAGUUUAAAGUACCACAUGAGAAUCCACACAGGAGAGAAAUCAUUCAGCUGCUCAGUUUGUAAGAAAUAUUUUACACAAAAGAGACAUUUAAGGACACACAGAAGAAUCCACACAGGAGAGAAACCAUACAGAUGCAGUGUCUGUGACAAAAGAUUCACCUGGAGUUGUCAAGUCAAAAUCCAUAAAUGUGUUGGUCGUCAGUCCUCACAGCUUCAUCAAACUCAAACUGAGGAGAACAGAGAGGCAGAGCCUCCAGCCAGCAGCUCAGCUGAACACCUGGAAACAGAAGCUGAUGGAGAGGACUGUGGAGGACCAGAACCAGCCAGGAACUCAGAUCUAGAGAGACAUUUACAACCAGAGACUGAGGACAACCCUGGAGACUCUUCUGAACCUGACAUUUUCCAAGUCAAAUCUGCAUGUGUAACAAAAAAAGAGGACAAUUAAUUAGUACCACGACAAUUCACAUGAGAAAAAUCUGUCUGGCUGUAUAAACUCUGUUUGACAAUAUUCAUACAUGACUUCAUCUAAACUCCACUCUACAAAUCUAAAUUUGUAGAGUGUGGAAAGAUUUAAAACUGUGAUGUGUGACACCUAUGGAAUACCAAAGGUGCCAGAAUUAAAUAAAUAAAUACUCUACAA